UGACCGCACAAAUCGUCGAGUUCGCACCCUUUUGCUCCAUUUUCCCUCCAUUUGGUGGAGGAAAGUUCUGAUUGCUUCUCUCCAUAUCGAUAUCUGGACAGCUGAGCAUACAAUACUGUGGCAGGAAUGAGGCAGGCCCGAUUCCUGCACAUAUUUCUCGUUGUAUCCUUGGCAUGGCUCGGUGCUUUCUUCGCCAAUGCUGAAGACCCGUAUAGGUACUUCAAUUGGGAGGUCACUUACGGAACAAUUUCUCCUCUUGGUGUAUCUCAACAGGGCAUCCUAAUCAAUGGUCAGUUUCCUGGGCCACCCAUUGAAGCUAUCACUAAUGACAACAUCGUCUUAAACGUGGUUAACAAGCUAGAUGAACCUUUCCUCCUCACGUGGAAGGGGGUCCAGCAGCGGAAGAACUCAUGGCAAGACGGAGUGCUCGGGACGCAGUGCCCGAUCCCACCGGGCACGAACUGGACCUACAAGUUCCAGUUGAAGGAUCAGAUCGGGACCUUCAUGUACUUCCCUUCAAUCGGGCUUCAGAGAGCUGACGGAGGUUUCGGAGCUUUGAACAUCGCGCAGAGAUCAGUCAUCCCAAUUCCAUAUCCCACGCCAUUCGGAGAGUUCACUCUUCUUGUUGGUGAUUGGUACAAGAGCGACCACAAGGCCCUACAGCAAACCCUCGACAAGGGCAAUCUUCUUCCUCUUCCUGACGGUAUUAUCAUCAAUGGACGUCCUAAUGGUUUCACAUUCACCGGUCAAAGAGGACAAACAUACAAGUUCAGGGUUUCCAAUGUGGGAAUCGCUACUUCGAUCAACUUCAGGAUUCAAGGCCACAAUAUCACCUUGGUCGAAGUUGAGGGAUGUCACACUCUGCAAGAGGUGUACGAAUCGCUGGAUGUCCAUGUGGGGCAAUCCGUCACGGUUCUGGUCACAUUGCAAUGGUCGCCCAAGGACUACUUUGUGGUUUGCUCGUCCCGGUUCACAAAGCCUAUCUUAAAUGCCACCGCACUGCUUCACUACGACGGAUCUAACACCCCAGCCUCGUUGCCUCUGCCAAUUGGUCCAACCUACCAAAUCCACUGGUCCAUGAAACAAGCUAGGACCCUCAGGACGAACUUGACGGCCAAUGCCGCAAGGCCGAACCCACAAGGCUCCUACCAUUACGGCACAAUCCAAGUGAAUAGGACACUCAUCCUGGCCAACGCCCCUACCAAAAUAAAUGGCACGCUCAGGUACACUGUGAACAACGUCUCCUACGUUGACCCGGACACCCCGCUCAAGCUGGCCGAUUACUUCAACAUUCCCGGGGUCUUCACGCUGAACAGCAUCAAGGACACUCCUCCCUCAGGGCCGGACGCGCUGGGCACCUCAGUUGUCGGGACGACGCUCCACGACUUUGUAGAGAUCAUCUUCCAGAACACUGAGAAGGCUAUACAGUCCUGGCACUUGGAUGGCUACAGCUUCUAUACUGUUGGAUAUGGUUCCGGCCAGUGGACGCCGGAUAUGCGGAAAAGGUACAACAUGGCCGAUGCGGUCUCUAGAGACACUGUUCAGGUAUACCCUCUGUCGUGGAGUGCAAUACUGGUGUCCUUGGACAACAAGGGGAUGUGGAACUUGAGGUCAGCGAUCUGGUCGAAGCAGUACCUGGGGCAGCAGCUUUACAUCCGGGUCUGGAACAACGAGAAGAGCCCCUACACCGAAUACGACGCCCCACAAAACGUGUUGCUUUGCGGCAAAGCCAAGAGCUCCUAGAAAGAAUCUCCCUUCCCAUUUUUAGUCCCUUAAAUUUCGUUGUUUUUUUACUUUCUGGUUCCACUUUUUUAUUAUAUGGACUCGGUAUAUUCAGCUUUCAGUCACGAUGGGGUGACUGUAAAUGUUGGUGUCGGAAGGAAAGAAAUGAUUGAUAGUUUGAAAUGAUUGAUUUCUCUCCAAUUGUAUCUUGAAAAUAA